AUGCAGUCAGACCUGCUUGGAGAUCAUUUCGAGAUAAGAUUAUUUAUUUCCGGAUCAAACUUGAGACAAGUGGCAAUGGUUGGUUAGCGUCCAUAGUUACUAUCUCGUCCGACGACUUGGAUUUUUUGCAUCCCUGGUUACAAGUGAUUGGUGUGAAACUUCCCGCUCGUAGUUGAGUUGGGAUCAAACCCCAGCCACAAUUCGCCAUGGAGGUGCUCUACUGUCUAACCGGAAUUCUUCUGGUUCUACUGGAAGAUGUCACGGCAGAGUACUGCUCGCGUUAUUCCUCCGGCUACUCGACGAUGUACUGUUCCAGCGGUUGCUGCGGCAGCUACUCAAACAGAUACUGCUGUACAAAUGUGUCUGUGAUCACCGGUGCCUCAGUCGGCGCCUUCUUCUUCGUCGUUUUCGUCAUCGCCGUCAUCUACGCCUGUGUCAGGUCGGCCAACAGGCCAGGCCGUGUGAUCGGCGUGCAGAACGUGGGGAUGGGGGCCACGACGGUGGUCGCAACAACAGGUAUGUCUGGUCAACAACACUACGGCUGUCAUGUGGGCCAGAUGCCCCCUCCUCCCGGAUACAACGCGUACCCUCCCCCAGGCCAGGCGCCGUAUCACCCUCCCCCAGGCCAGGCAGCGUAUCCCCCUCCCCCCGGCCAGGCAGCGUACCCCCCUCCCCCGCAGUACAACGCCCAGCCACCUGCCUAUCCCCCCAAAUAAGAUGACGAUUUCAUACAUAUAUUCGGCUGGCGAUCAAAUGUGUCAAACCAGAAAUGACAGAAUCAAACAACCUUACUUCAUGAGCCCCGACGCAGAAACUACAAUUAAAUAAACAAUGGACUGAGGUGAGACUGAGGUGAGACUGAGGUGAGACCGAGACACGGAACAACAACCAAUCAGUCGCCUUGCCUGGCCAACCCACCACCUUCAACCUUGCUACCCACGAGGCAGCGAUCGGACAACCGGCAAACAACAAGACAUCUUACUCAAAUCAAUGAAUGUCCCACGAGUGAAUUGUUUGAUAGGCAUUACUUAGGGUGAGUGGGUAUGGUUUUACGCCGUCUUUAGCAAUAUUCCAGCAAUAUCACGGCGGGGGACACCAGAAAUGAGCUUCACACAUUGUACCCAUGUCGG